GCUCAGGCAGGCGCCAUGCGGGAAGACGAGCCUCUCCUCUGCCCCGCGCCAAACACACCCCGCAAGCCGUCCCGCCUCAAACGCACGCUACGAACGCUCAGCUCGCCGUUCCGCAGCGGCUCGCCCUUCCACAUCGGGUCGCUUAAGCGAACUGGUUCCGCUAAAUCUUCAGUGUCCGACGGCGAGAUCGCACGCGACGAACGCACUAUGCGUAAGAAAAACAAGAAACCACGUUCCGACGCACCCGCGUCUACCUCGCGCAGUAGUGACAGCUCGCCGGUCAUCAAAAAAAAGGAAAGUAAGAAAUUGAUCAACAUAGACUCGACUCGCUCGGAGAGUACCGAUCUGUCCCGGUCGGAAACGGAGCCUGAACCACAGACCUCAAAUGUCGCGCAAAUUACAGCAAACUAUGAACAACUACCCGAAACUCCAAUGGAGCCAAUACUGCCCAACGAUGAGCAAUCAUUUGAAACGUUAUUGGAGCAGAUCACACAAAGUAAUGAGCAAUCUUCAGGCGCUCCGACGAAAAAGCCCUCGCCUAAUAAUGAUGAAUCAUUCGAAAAUUUAAUGAAAGAAAUUACGCAGAGUAAUGAUAAAUUUCCUGAAACUCGAUUUGAACCUAUAACGCCACAUGUAGAGCCAGCAUCUUCAACUGAAAUGGAGCCAGCAUCGCCUAAAAAUAAACAGUCGUCCAAUACAGAGUUGGAAGUGGAGUUGCCUGAAAGUGUCACGCCAGAACAGAUUUUCAGUCCAAUCGUGGUGGAGCAUCCGGUGGCUACCAGAGCGUUCACUAAAGCGGCGUGGAAGAAGCGUGCGCAAUUGACUGAAAUUCAGAAACCUAUCGAGGAGCCAAGUCCUGAGGGGACUAUGAAGCGGCGAAUCGCUUUUGUGUCACAAUUCUCGAUGUAUCAGUCGGAGGACCAUGACGAUGAUGACGACGAGGAAGAGGGGAAGACGGGCGAGGUGGGGUCGCUGGAGGAAGCGGUGGCGCUAGCUCGCUCGCGGCUCGCUGCCGGCGCGUCGCAGCCGCAUUCGCACGACAACGUCGACGCCGAAGAGAAGGGAUACGCGGAGGCGAACAUGCCGGCCUACGGAGACCUCAUCGAGCCGGAGAACAAGGCUGGGAGCGACCAACCGUCUCACGCCACAUCAAGUACGGAGCGGCGGGAGCAUCUAUACAAAAUCCUGGUGAUUGGUGAACUGGGUACAGGAAAGACUUCUAUAAUCAAACGAUAUGUCCACCAGUUCUUCAGCCAGCACUACAGAGCAACCAUUGGCGUGGACUUUGCAUUGAAAGUGCUUAACUGGGACGCAAAUACGAUUAUACGACUACAAUUAUGGGAUAUAGCAGGGCAAGAGCGGUUUGGCAAUAUGACCCGUGUCUACUACAAAGAGGCUGUUGGCGCGUUCAUAGUGUUUGACGUAUCGAGAGUUGCGACCUUUGACGCCGUGGUGAAGUGGAAGAAUGACCUGGAUACAAAAGUUCAGUUACCAGAUGGAUCGCCCAUACCCUGCAUAUUACUGGCGAAUAAGUGUGACCAACAAAAAGAAGGAAUAGUGAAUUCACCGGCGAAAAUGGAUGAAUAUUGUCGGGAAAAAGGCUUCGCGGGAUGGUUUGAGACGUCGGCCAAAGAAAAUAUUAACAUUGAAGAAGCGGCCAGAUCUUUAGUAAAUAAGAUUCUUCUUAACGAUAAACUGCUGCAGAACAACGACAAGGACGGCGAAAGGAUCGCACUGGACCACAAGAUCGCAAAUGGCGAGAACAGUCGAGACCUCGGAGGGAAUAAAAGUUGCGCCUGCUGACCAUUUGCAAACCGACAAAAUUCACCCUUAUUGAGCAACUAUGAUGAUCAAGAAAAUUACAGAAUAAAUUGAAGUGUCAAAUGCUGUUCGAUGGAUAAUUAAUCUGUCUUCUUGACAAAUUAUAUUACCUAUCUGUGGGUUUAGAUUCGAUGGGUAAUUUAUCAGUCGUGACAAAUUAUAUUAUCUGUGGAACAACAUAGCCGCUAUUUAUUGUCUACGCCGAAUAGAAUUGUUUUUAACAUUUCCUUUUUUGAAUAUUUUUGGAUAAAGAAGGGACCAAAAUGGCGUCGUUUUUUAUAUUGAAAUUGAUGACGAAAUGAUUUUCGUUUCACAAUAAGGGUGUCUUAUUCUUGCACUGAUUAAACCUCGCUUUAAAAUGAACAAAUUUUUAAACAAUAGGAUUUAUGAAAUUAUAUUCCAUUUGUCUCAAUAAUGUAAAGUUGGAGCCAAAUAUUUAAUAACUGCUUCGGUUACAAAAAAUGAAUAUUAUUAGAAUUCGAAUUAUCUAAAUUGGAAUGUUUAAUUCAUAGGAGUUUCAAACAUGUUUUAAAUUUGACUUUUACUUACUAGAACAAGAUUUUGUUUACACAUAUUGUUGAAACAGUGGAGGUGAAAUAAAUACUAUUAAUAGUUUUAUAAGGCCAUCCUUGUAUCUUUUUAUCUUAUUACAUUCCGUGAAAUCUUAUAUUUAAUCUAUGAUUCAUUCGAAUCGAUAAAUAUCAAAAAUUGCGCUAAAUAAUUCCGUUUAAGUAAAAAAGCUUUAUUGACGGCAUUUCUUAUAUUUAUUAUAAGUCAUAGAUAGCUACAUAUAUUAAUAUGGAAACGAAAUUUUAGAGACUUUAAGAAUGUACUUUUAUGUGAAUUAACAAAACUUUAUUUAUAUGACAUUAAAAUUAGGUUGGUCACGUUCUAGAAAAAAAUACUGUGCAACAGGUGAAUGCCAGUAAAUAUGACGUAAUCGUGGACCAAGUGUGAACAAAGGUCUAGGCUAACGAUUUGUCUAAAUCUACGUCUUCAUUAAUUAUUUUAUGCUGACGCAAUUAAGCUUUGUCAAUUGUCAAGCUUCAACUUUGACAGACCGUCAAAAAUCUAAAUGUUUUCUAAAAAGUAGUAUUAGUGGAUAUACAAUCAUUUUUUACUCCUUUUCAAUUGAUUUGGUUUUGUCAACCGACCAACACACACACACACACACCAACACGCCACAACACCAAGAAAGCCAGCAGUUGCAUCGUUGUACAUUUCUUUGCAUAAAUGUAAAAAAAACCAACAGAUAAGAUCUGGGCUACCAUUACACACAGAUAUAACGUACAUUGUGAUUCAUAUAAACGUAUAGCAUAUUUUAUUGUCAUAUAUAAAGUUUAAUUAAGGUUGUAAGUGCCUCUAUGCAUCGAAUUUAAUCCAUGUAACGAAAUUAUAUUUAAGAUUUUUAUUCUGUACACUAAUUGGAUUUCGCAAAUUUCAAAUUUUAUUAAGUGCCAUGUUGGGCUUGAGUCAGUAAUUAGUUGAUAAAUGAGUUAAUAUUGUAAUAAGUAUUACUUAUUGUAUGUGAGAGUGUGGAUUUAUUACAGAAUAAAUUGUUUUAGAAAAA